UUAUUAUUCAUAUUAUUAUUAUUAUUAUUAUUAUUAUUAUUAUUAUUAUCGUUGUUAUUUUUUGUGACGAUGGCUACUUACCAAGAUCCUGAAGGUGACGCGAUGGCUUUGAUGGUCCACGACACCAACACCUCCAAGGAGAAAGAGCGACCCAAAGAGGAACCGGGUUCGGAUAAAAAUUCUGAGAAGUCGGACCCGUCUCAAAAACCUCCGUACUCCUAUGUUGCUCUCAUCGCUAUGGCUAUCAGAGAGAGCACCGAAAAGAGGCUUACCUUAUCGGGCAUCUACCAGUAUAUCAUCAGCAAGUUCCCUUUCUACGAGAAGAACAAGAAAGGUUGGCAAAACAGCAUCCGCCACAACCUGAGCUUGAACGAGUGUUUCAUUAAAGUGCCGAGGGAAGGAGGUGGGGAAAGGAAGGGUAACUACUGGACUCUGGACCCCGCUUGUGAAGACAUGUUUGAGAAGGGCAACUACAGGAGAAGACGAAGGAUGAAGAGACCUUUCAGACCCCCUCAGACUCACUUCCAGCCGGGGAAGACUCUGUUCGGCGGUGACGGCUAUGGUUAUCUUUCUCCUCCAAAAUACUUGCAAUCCAGCUUCAUGAACAACUCUUGGUCGCUAACCCAGCCUCCCACUCCAAUGUCUUACACGUCUUGUCAGAUGGCAAGUGGCAACGUCAGCCCAGUCAAUAUGAAAGGACUGUCAUCGCCCACCUCGUACAAUCCUUAUUCUAGAGUCCAAAGCAUGACUUUACCCAGCAUGGUGAAUUCAUACAACGGGAUGAGCCACCACCACCACCCCCACGCUCACCACCCUCAGCAGCUAAGCCCGGUGACCGCUGCACCUCCUCCGGCCACCUCAACAAACGGAGCCGGCCUUCAGUUUGCUUGCUCCCGUCAACCAGCAGAACUCUCCAUGAUGCAUUGUUCAUACUGGGACCACGAGAGCAAACACAGCGCGUUACAUACAAGAAUAGACAUUUAAACGGCUGGAUAUCAACUAUCUAAUAACUAUCCAAAAGCAACGACAACAGAAACAAAAAUAACAAGCGAAAACAUAUUCUAAACGGUGAUAAUGGGUUACAAAUAAUGUCUGUGCCAAAGUUUCUUGCACUGGGAAUUCUGCUCCCUGUUUGAUUCAAGGCUGUGUAAGUGACGAGACAUUCGCGACUUAAAAAGCUAGAAACAGCUUCUGGAAGGCUGUGUUUGUUAUUGACCCGUCUGUUUAUGAUUCAAAGUUUUUUUUUGUUGUUGUUUUUGUUUUUUCUUUUUAAUGUGAUACAUCUAAUGUUGGUCGUCCAUUCCCAUUGUGCGCGCGCAAUGGUUCAUUUAAUGUAAAUCUUGUAUAUGUACAAACAACGUAGAAUAUUUAACACGGUAGGUGACAUUGACGCUAAAAUCAUUUUCGUAGAAACAAAUGCGUUGUUCAGUUUGUUUUCAAUCAUGGGUUUAGCCUUUUGGUAUUAAGGAAGAAUUGUUACAACAGGUAUUACACUGCGUGAAUGUAAUAAUUGUAGACGUUGUAUGGAAACAUUCUACAGAUCUCAAAACCAGAUGAACGUUUCUGAAGCUAAAACUCGCCACGUUGCCAGCUUAUGGACAUUACUGUGGAGAAGUGGAACUGUGAGAUUUCUGAUGCACAGUACAUGUAUUAUAGUUUCAUAUUGUUCUGUAUGUUAGUCUCUUGCCCUCAUGUGGAGCUUUGAAUUGUGUUUU